UAUAAAAUCAAGCACCUAGGCAUGCAGACUGCUUCUACAAACAUUUGUGAAAGAAUGGGUCGCUCUCAGGAGCUCAGUGAAUUCAAGUGUGGUACUGUAACAGGUUGUCAUCUGUGCAAUAAGUCCAUCCGCAAAAUUUUCUUGCUACUAAAUAUUCCACGGUCAACUUUUAGUGGGUACCCGCUCCCCAAAGGGGACAAAGUGGAAGCAACACAACCAACACCUCUACUUGGUCUCCGCCUCUGUACGCAGUGAAAGGAGGGGAGAGGGUA